AUGUCUAAUAAGAAAGGAGAGAGAGAUUUGGAAUCUUUAGGAUCAAUUCACAGAUACCCUUUAGUCUGCAAAGAGCUCAGCUUAAUUCUCAGAGGCGCUUACAGAAAAGUGCCCAAGAAUCUCCAGUCUCUUAUCUUCCAAGAUACCGUCACCGCCUUUCGUCUCCUUCCUGAAAUGAAGACGCGCAGUGCUGUCUCAGCAGCUCAUCUCCUCCUCCAGAGCGUUGAGGCCACUUUGCCGAAGCAAAAGAAGAACUUGGCUGUUACAGAAUAUAAGAAUGCAAUGAUUGCUCACAAGAGGCGCGCUAAAGCUCGCCAAGAAGAGAAUGUUGCCCAUCUGCCACAAGAUAUUCUUGUACAUGUAUUCAGUUUCCUGGAUUUUCAAUCUUUAGUCUCUGUUGGGCAAGUCUGCUGGCCAUGGAAUUUUGCAGCAAGUGAUAAAGGUGAAUCAUUAGAUGUAUGCCUUGCUGGAUCUUUUGUUCUCUUGCCUUCAGCUUUCAAAUACAAACUCAUCAAUUCUUACCAUUGUAUAUCUGCUUGGAUUUCAGGGAAUAAUUCAUCAAAGAAAUUAAAAUCCAGUAGGGGAUACUGUAGAUACUGCAAGACAAUUGUUUGGCUCGAUAACAUGAAAUGUUUCAAUGACCAUAUUGGACUAAAUCCUGAAAUUCAGAAAAUUGACCCUGUAUCACCUAGUCAAGUGGUUGACUAUCUGUUGGAAGAUUCUAUAUCAGUCAAAUCUUCUUCAGAGAGUGAUAGCGACAGUGAUUCAGAAGCAGGGUCCUUUUCUAGGUUAUGGGCCUAUCGAAGACCCUUGACCAGUACUGAAGGUAUGCCUUUCCCUUGAAACCAAUUGCUGCAUGUAUUAUGUAUAGAGCUGCUCUGCGGCCAUUAGAUCGUUAACAAAGAUUGCCCGUUGUCGAUUAGUUUGCUUUCUGGGCAUUGGCCCUCCGUGUAACUAAAAAGAGCUUAAAGAAUGUACAGAUAGUAUUAACAUUCAGCAUGUUUCAUUAUCCUUGUGUUCUAAUUGAAGUGACACUAAUUCUUAU